CACAGUGUCAGAGACAGAGACAACUGGUGCAGUGAGAGUGGUUUUUCUUUUCUUUAAAUCUGUGAUGGAGGCUGGUUUUCUCACCUUUAUUCUUGCUUCCUUCUCUGUGGUAUAUUCUUGUCGCGUCGGCAUCACAGAUUGGAACGAUGUUGUGGUGGUCAGAGAAGGAAUGCUCACCACUUUGAUGUGCAAUGACACAAGUGUGAGAGGGGCUGUGACCAUUAACUGGAAGGUGAAGCUAUUUUGUACAAAUGAGUGGAAACUGAUCAUGUUAGCCAGUGCAAAUGAAAGGAUCUCUGGAGGUGCCUUGAAGCCAUCCAUGCAACUGACUGACUCUAACUUUAAAGACAGUGGGGUUUUCUCACUGUCUUUAAAGCCUGAAGCAGCAGACAUUGGUUUCUACUCAUGCUUGAUACGACAACAAGAGAAGAUACUCAAGGAGGAGAUUAUCCUUUUAGCCAUCCUUACAGUCAGCGUCUUCCCCGAUGUACCCAUUCCUCAGCACAGCACCCUACGGCUGAUUGCCAGCGUCACUCCUGACUUUGCCGUCACAAAGGUCACCUGGGCAGGACCUGGUGAUAUUACACUGAAGAGCGAAAAAAAGUCAAAGACCAACACUGUGGCCAAACUACCGCAAGUUCUGAACAACGAUGAUGGUGCUUAUGUCUGUAUGGUUUACCCCCGGGGUAACAGCAGCAGCCGUCUCUUUGCUUUCAAUGUGGAUGUAACAGUUGCUGCUGACAAAGUGGCCUCAUUCACCAAUAUAACACAUGGUCCUCUGAUCUCCACUGCCAUUCAGGCUCACACAUCCUUCCUCUUAACCUGUCCUGGUGUUGUGGGGGACUAUGUGCAGGUGCACUGGGUUCCUCCAGACACCAGAAAUCAAUUUAAUAUGAAGAAGGUGUUCAAUUAUGACCGUUGGAGGGGUACUCUAAUGACUAAUCAAAACGAGAAACUACAGAUGGCUGGUCUACCCUACAACCCAGAGGCUGGGAGCUUUUCCUUUCUGCUUACUCCUGACUUGAAAGAUGGUGGCCUCUACGUCUGUGAAGUCUUGCUCAAUGACAACAUUUUCAGCCAGAGGACGUCGCUCAGCGUGCUGAAAGUUAAAAUCAAGAAAUAUUCCUCAAAGAUAGAGUUGAUCUGCCUCUACUCGGGGCGGUCCCAGGUCCGAAGAGUCGAGUGGAAGCAUCACAACGAGAGUCAAAAGCUAAAGAUGUCAAGCAGCAGCCUUGGCAGCAUCACCACCAGUCUGCCCUUGCCCAUCACCUCUGACAUAGCAGGAAACUACACCUGCGUUCUCCACCUGAAAAAUGGGCAGGCAAUUCAGGCAACACAAGCUAUCACAGUGUCUCCAAAGGUUGUGAAGAAUUUGUCCAAAGAGAGUGUCGAUGACACCACCUCCUCCCUGCGCCCUUCUCUCGCUGCUUUAUUACUCCUGGUGCCCCUGGUUGCCGCAGCUGUCGGUGUGUUGCUAUGGAGACAGAGACACAUUUCUGAUCGCGGUAUCGAGCAGUCUCUGUCUGUCCACUCGGGUGAAGCAGAGAACAUCUAUGAGAAUCCUGAAGAUAUUAGACAGGCCCCUCCCCAGGGUCCAGUCUACAUGGAUUUGAAGCCAAGAGGAGAGGAUGAUGUCUAUAAAGAACUGGAGCGAUACGAGCAGUGUCAAAGCUGAUCACCUACCCACAUCUCCCCCGUAUCCAGCUGUCACAUCCGCUCAGCUCCCAGCUGCUGCAGAAGGCCUUUUUAAACACAAGUAACAGCUAAAUGUCAGAGUUUGGAUUUAAAGAAAAACUUCAGUGCUUUAUGGACAUGCUACACAAUUGUUUAAAUGUUUUACUGUAUUCUAAGCUAUUGUCAAGUAGUAAAGUUAAAGCAUUCUUUGUUUAAAAUGCUUCAAAACCUGUCACGCAUGUAUAGCAGUUGAUACAGUACCCUACUACUGUAUGUCAAAUUAUCUUUUCAUGAGUUUCCUUGCUGUCAGUCAUAUUUGCUGUUAUCCAAUUUUAUAAUCUUCUGCAAAUAAU